ACAUUAGACUUGGUCAGCUGCCAGAUACGUGUGGGCUAAGAAUCAAGGAAAAUAUUUGAUUAAUGUUUAUCGGCCAGUGUACACAGAUUAGACUGUCUAGUCUGUGUACACUGAGUAUGGGCGAGAGGCAUUGCCGGUGAAGCUAAGAGUUUCCCUUUUUAUUAUUACCGGGUUGCAAAUAAACCAAGAUUAAAAUAGACAGUUUUCUGGAAUUUCUCACAACGAACUGCUACUUCUUCAAAUUCUCCAGUGUUUUGCUGCCUUGUAAAAUAAUCCGGAAGUCGGUAGGAAGAGAAGUCGAAAUUUGUUACUGAAAAGUACAUAUGCAGUAAAGAGAUUUUGUUUGGGAAAGCCAGAAAUUGUUUCAGGUGUCUGGGAAGUAGAUCAGAUAUAGAAGUAGCAAUGGCGAAGCGAACGCAGAUACGUAUUACUUCCCUGCCUCCUCCUACGCCGGAUCCAGCAGAUUUAGCUAAGAAUUUAAUACGGAACUUCCGUACCCAAAAACCUAAUGAAUUGAUCGUCUUGAAUUUAGCUACAAUUAAUGAAGAGGAAGGAGUUUUGGGGCGAACUAUGGUCUUUAUAGAUUUUAGUGACGACGGCGGUAUUAUUGUUGGAACAGAUCGAAAUAGUCGAAAAUAUAGAGAUGUUAUGAGAAAUCCCAAUGUGGCCGUAACGUUUUUAUUUGUUGUCAAUGUUGCCGGUGUUAAUGUUCAUCAACAAAUUCGUAUUAAUGGCUUAGCUCAGGAAUGCAUUCAAUCUCGAAUUGAUGCUCUUUGGGAAAAACAGCCAAUUUUUGAUCAAAUUCGCAGUGUUGUCCACUCACAAAAGCCUGCAUCCCUCGAGGAAAUCCGUGAUAAAUAUCAAGAGAUGGUCGAUAAGUGCGAAGGAGGGCAACUGACGAUACCAGUUCCAGAUAACACGACGUACUUGGAAAUAAAGCCAACGAAGUUUGACUUUUAUCAAUCUGCAGCCAAUAAUAUUGCCGAUUGCAUUAUUUACACAAAACAAGGAGAUAAAUGGGCAGUGCAACAAACUUUCGGUUAAAAUAGCAAGGUAAAGACAAUUGUCUUUCGUGAUCUGUAUUUUAUUUUCAUCCUUGUAUAUAUAACAUGAAUUAUGUGCUCUUUCCCUUCUUUCAAUUAAUUAAUAAAAAUUGAAUUGAAUUAAAAAUUGUUUUAUAUUUGAA